AUGGCGACCUCUUGGGAUGAUUUUGAGACUUCACGGCACAACGUGAAGCUCAAUACCGUGGAUCGCCUCAAGCAAAUACUCACCGGAUUCAACGAAGAAUGCCAGACGAACCUCACAAAGUCAGGGAAGAAACAGGAACUCAUUGAGAGGAUCACACGAGAGCUGGAUCAGUGGAGGCGCACCAACAAUAUCGACAAAUGGGCCAAAGCCAGAGUCAUUUUAAACCAGGUACGAACCAUAGGAAUGUACAGUCCUACCAGAAUGUCCGGAGAACAUUCCUUUACGACCUCCGUACCCCCUCACAAGACGUAUCCUGCAGCUAGUUCUGUGGGACACGGAUAUCAAAGCAGCGUCUCGGGGAGUUCUAGUAGCUUACCCCGUUACGAUCCGUAUGCACCAGCUCGAAUUCCAACUGCGACUCAUCCCUCGACAUCUACUGUACACCCACCCACACCCAGUAUCCGUUUCAAGCCCUCCCCGUUCUUCCGAGUAGAACGAGCCGUUUCGUCUGUUGUGGAAUGCCCAGAAUCCACGAGUGCCUUGGAUCGCCGACAACAGUCAAUCGUGUUCACGAUGCCCAACGACGUUGUCAUGAAAUUGAAUUCAUCGAAUCCCACAUAUCAGCUUCGUCUGUAUUGUACAUCAUCGACGUACUACAUGCCUUCCAGUGCAUUUCGAACUACAUCGGGGCCCUGUCCAAUCGAAUUUCCGCCUACGUGUGAAGUUCGAGUGAACGGUGUCCCUUUGACGGCAAAUUUGAAGGGAAUGAAGAAAAAGCCGGGAACAGCUCCACCCCCCGACUUAGGAAAGUCGCUGAGAACAUCCAGUGGCGCAUCGAAUCGAAUUGAAAUGGUGUAUGUCAACAGUCAACAGCCUGUCCUAUCCAAGAAAUACUACCUUGUGGUCAUGCUCGUUGAGACCACCACUGUGGACCAGUUGAUCGAGCGUCUGAAAAAGGGGAAGUACAAGAGUAGCCAUGACAUCGUCACGAAGAUGGCUCAAUCUGCCGCGACGGAUGAUGACAUCGUGGCGGGUCAGCAGAAGAUGUCGUUAAAGUGCCCCCUGAGCUAUAUGCGCAUUGUUACGCCUUGUCGAUCGUCCCUAUGCGUCCAUUCUCAGUGUUUUGAUGCAUUGUCGUGGUUCUCACUCAUGGAGCAGACCACGACUUGGCUGUGCCCAGUUUGUGAGAAGGUGCUGAAUCCUGAAGACCUCAUUGUGGAUGGUUAUUUUGACGAGAUUCUAAAGCAAACGCCUGAAAGCGUCGAAGACGUUCUCGUGGAAUCUGAUGGGCAAUGGCACUCCUCCGAUAACAAAUGCGGUUCAGCAGAGUGGAAGGCUGCUCAUUCACCUGCAAAAGUCCUAGCUGCACUCCAUCCUGCGCCUGCUGUGAAACGUGCCGACACUCCUGUAAAGGUCGUACCGAAUGGUGUAAACGGCGAGGCCAAGUCCGGUCCAAGUAACGCGGAGAUUGUCAUCUUGGAUUCAGACGACGAGGAUGAGGGUAGAGUGAAAAGGGAGCUGUCACCAUCAUACGACGGUGCCCCUGGAAGCUCCAAUGUCAGUCAGGCCUCGCUGCCACCACGUUCGCAGUCUCAAAGUACCGACGUGAUCGAUCUCACGCUGGACUCUGAGGACGAAGAUUCGCCAACGACUCUCUCCAGGAAGAGGAAGACGGUGGAGAUUGACUUACCCUCUCCGACUGAGCAAAUUUGGAAGAAAUCGCGUUCUGAGGCGUCAGUACCCGCGUCGACUCAUACUGCCGGGAGCUCUCAUAGCUCAUACCUCCAGAGCCCCCACUUUCCAGCAUCUCGAGAACUUGCCUCGCGUUCCCUCAGCGGUGCUAUUCCCACUUCAUCUUCUAGCUACCAGCCUUCGUACCCUGGAACCGGGGGAGCACAGUAUCUCCCGAUGGCUCUGCCUCCUCGGCGACCACCUGGCACUGUACACAACGAGCAUUACAGCGAUAUAACCAAUCCUUACAUGCCGAGGAUUAAUGGUGGAGGUUCUGCGUCGCCGAACAGCUGGCGAUUGUGA